AUGAUACCAAAUCAAUACUAAUUCUUCCUCGAUUCAAGUUGUUGCAAACAAAGAGAAGAUCCUAAAGAAUACUUCUUUAGUAUUGUAGCAAGCAGUUUACUAAAGGAAACUAAAUACUACGAAACAUCAGAUGCUUCAAGAGAUAAAUUAAUAGCAACAAUGAAUAAGGUUGCAGAUAUUGACCCUGAGUUCAUAUUAUAAGUAGCUUACUACGUUAGAAAUCAAAUGUAUAUCAGAAGUGUAAGUAAUUUCAUCCUUGCCUUUUCAACUCUCCAUCCUAAAACUAAACCAUUCUGCUCAACAUACAUUUGCCCAACUUUGUUAAUACCUGGUGAUUUAAUUGAAGUCUGCUAAUUUGUUCAAGUGAUUUCAUAAUGUUAGAAAUCAAACAACAAAUUGGAUAGAACUACCGAUAUUAGAAAAAAGCUAUAUUUCCCGAAAUUAUUGAGAAAACAGAUCCAAAAGAAGCUUACUCAAUUCAAAAUAUAUCAACUUGGCAAACAAUGUUCAGAUGGUAGUAGAAAAAGGAAUAUUAAGAAAUAUCAGGAAGUUCUGAACCCUGAUAUCAAAAACAAGAGAAGAGAGAAAAGAUUAUUGAAAUUAAAAUUGAUUAGAGAUUAGAUGAAGUUAUAAGGACCAGAUACUAAAAAUCAAUUUAAAAACUAAGCUAUCUAGAAAACAAAUAGAGUUGCGAAAAACAGAAGAAGACAUACCAGAAAUCCUAAUCUUUUUGUAUAAGAAACUUUAAAUGUUUUUGAUACAAAUUUCAUAAGUUUAAAAGAUAUCGUCACAUUGAGUCAUGUCAAAGAGCCUAGAAGUCUGGUUAUGUCGAUUUUAGGAGCUAAGUACCCAAAAACAUUAGAAGAAUUUGAAAAGGAAUUUAAAGGAGAAAGAAAGAUGAAAUUUGAACCUGAGAAAGCAGGCACAAGAAUGUAAAUUCCGAUUCCAAUCACAUGGGAUAGAGAAUUAAGUAAAGGAUUAAAUUCUAAGAGAUAAAUUUGGGAAGACUUAAUUCAAAAAAAUUAGAUUCCUUACUUAGCUUUGUUAAGAAAUUUAAGAAAUAUAUUGAAAUCAGGAGUGAGCGCAGAGGCACACUUGAAAGUAGUUGAGAAAUUAUCAAAUUAGAAACAAGUAAAAAAUUCGAAGAUAUUCCCACUCUAAUUUUUUACAGCAUUAAAUGAAAUUGACAAAUUGAAUGCCACUGAAAAUCUCUAAAGUAUGUAUGUGAAGUAAAAGAUAGCAACAAAAGAGCAAGCUAAACCUAAGGAAAAGUAAGUGAAUAUUGAAGAAGGAUAGGUAGACGCAUCCCCUUAAGUGAUUCAAUCUUAUAAAGAUGCUAUUGAAAAAGCUAUGUAAAUAGCAGUUGAUAAGAAUUUAGAAACAAUCUCAGGUGUUACUUAUGUAUUUGUUGAUGUAAGUGGAUCAAUGUGUAGUUAAAUUAGUGGAGGAAAGAAGUAUGGAUCAAUUAAUUAGUGCAAGGAUUGCGCUUUUGGUUUAUGA